ACAUCAUUAACAGAACAAAGCCGUGAGAUCCCAGGGAAGGAGGUGGUGUGUCUUAAGAGGAGAAAACUUUGAUUUUCUGUGGAAUACCGCGCAGUUCUGGGAAAAUAUCCUGCCCUGUAUGCUAGAGAUAAAUUUAGUUAAAUUAAGUGGUGGAGGGACAUGAGAGCAGAAACAGCGCUGGCAAAUGGCGUGGAAGUGAAAGAACGUGGAGGAGCAACUUUACUGAAAAGGCAACCUGGAGGUCCGUGGUCAGCGGCUGCAGACAUGGACAGCCAGCCCUUUGGACAGAAUGGAGCUCCAGAAGAAUUCCCUUCAAGCCCUCAGAAUGGAGGUUCUCUAGAUUUGAUCGCAACAAACCCAUUUCAUGCAUAUUGCAAGGAAUCGACCAAUAACAAUGUCCUGGAGAGUGGCGGAACAGAAACUUCAGAGGAAGCAGAUGUUGAGCCCAUGACUUCAUCCCCUCUUAAAUACCUAAACUCACUUCAGGACCUUGGUUAUGGAAUUAGGAAAACAGAAAAUGGAGCUAAACUUUCUGAACAUCUAGACAGCCCUCAGACGUAUGACCCUAAAGAUGAGCUCUUCCGACCCUCCUCUCUGAGCUUCAGGCCCACCACCAAUGGGGAUUUUCAUGACACGGCCCUGAAGAAUACAAACUCUGCUCAAUCACACAAUUUCUCUGAAGUCCGACAGACAACUGGCUCGGGCAUCUUAACGGAUGAUGUAGAUGCUAUAUUCAGAUUGCCAAGCAAAGAGAAGGAUUUGAGCAGCUUUGCACAAACUGUAACGCCAAACCCGUUUUCCCCAAGUGCAGCCCCAGAAGCAGAUUUAUUUUCAAAUGAAGGUAAUGAGCUGUUCCAUGUAAAUGGAACCCGAAAAGAGGCCCCCAGUGCAGAUGACGAUGACUUGUCUGGCAAGUCCGUUAAGGAAAAAUUUGACCUAUUUUCAUCAUUGUCCACCAGUACAGUAGAUCCAUUCCCAAGUCCGCUUCUAAGGAGCCCAUUCAACGUCUCCAGUUUGGAGGAUCCUUUUGGGCCAACUCCCUCUAAGCAAUAUGACUUCCAGGAAGUUUUCAGUAGCCCAAGAGAGGGCAAGGAUAUAUUUGAGACGACCCCCUCCAACGCAACUUUCUCUACGCCUUCAAUCAACGGUCCAUCUAAGUUUAACUUUGACACACCGGCAUCAAGUGAUCCAGUCAAGAAAACGCCACCAAAAGUCCCUUCAAGACUCCCUCCAGUCAUUCCGCCAAAGCCUCCGAACAAGCCAAGAGAUCUGUUGACCACUCCUCAGGGAAGCAAGCAGAAUAUUCUUUGUGCAACCCCCUUCAGUCAGGCCAACAGUCUGUCCUCAUCACCCAGCUUUUCUCCAGCUGAUAUGGAUCAUGUGCAGACCUUUAAGCGUCCACCAAGACCCCUUCCCCGGACCCGACGCCCCAGGGCAGAGAGGCCCCCAUUACCUGAGACACCCCCAAAACCAGCGAGACCCCGAAAACCAGAGAGGCCUCUACCCUCGAUACCCUCUACUAAACUGGAACCAGAAGUGCCUGGGGUGCAUGGUGCUGGGCCAGAAGUACCAAAACCUCCCCCCAAACCAGUCAUCAAACCUCCCCCCAAACCAGUCCCUCCCCUUAAACCAAAGAAGCCGGAGAGCAAAUUAUUGGAACCUGAGAACGAGGUCGUCUUUGAGAACGUCCUCCUCAUUGGACAGGAAUGCUGUGUUGAAGACUGGCCUGAGGAUAGUCCUGAGCUGGAUCCAGAUUAUCAGCCACUUGGAAAGUUUAAACUACGGAGAGAGUCGAUGAAGGUAAAGAUGGAAUCAGACGGAGGAAGCAGUGAAGACCCUGACGGCACCUUUGGUCAAAAGAAAAAGGACAAGAAACUACGAAUGUCGCUGCUGUCCAGAAGAAGCUCAAAGGACAAGUAUCCUAAUGAUAUGAUGGAGGGAAAGGGUAACACGCUGCCAGCUCUACGGAAGUCAUCCAAGGAGUUUGGUUCAAAUGGACACAUUUCUACAGGCGAUGAAGAUCAUUAUAGUUUGGACUAUAAAAAAAAAACUCCAAAGACCAAAGUCAAUCAUCUGUUUCGAAGAGCGUCUCUUGCUACGGCUACCUGUGAGGAGAAGCACAUGAAUGGGCAUUUACCUAAGGACAGUGACUCUAAUAAAAGCAGAAAGAAGAACAGCAUUUUGCGUCGACAGUCUGAGGGCUCAACGUUGGAUGGAAAAGAUUAUGAAGAGACGGAGAAGGGUGGCCGUGGGCAGAGGAGGAAUAGCAAGGUAAAAGUGAAGUUUGUGCCACAAAGAGGAUUUGCCAUAUCUUUAGAAAAGCCACAUGAUGAACCACAAGGAGCUCAUGGAUAUACUCCUCGCAAGGGCUCAAAGGACAAAUCACUUGAUGAAGAUUGUGGAGCGCACGGCUACACACCUUGUGACAAGUUGCAGAAGGAGUUAGAUCUUGAAGAGAUGGAAGGCCUCAGUCUUAACUCGGCUAAGGCUUCUAUCUUGGAUGACGAGCAGCAGGACCGUUACUCACCGAGUCUAAAUGGAGACGACGAUGUUGAAGGAGCCAAAAAACACAAACAUAAAAAAUCCAAACGUAAGGUUUCUUUGCCUCGCAAAUCUAAGGCAUCACACGGACAGAGUGAGGGGGGCUCUGAUGAUGAAACAACAGAGAAAGAUGUGUGUCAUGGAGAGGAGUAUGAUGAUCCAGAUGAGAUUGAAAACAUCAAACCGAAAAAGUCCUUCAAAUUUAAAGUUCCCAAAAAACACAAGCGCAAGAGCAAAAAGGCCAAGAACCAGCCGGGGGAGGCGCCUGAUGAGCACCUCUCAGAGGCAGCUAAGGCUGCCUGGGCGGCUGCUCAGAUGGACGAGCAGGCUAUGGCCGGUAUGGAAGACGAAGAAGAGGAGGAGGAGGAGGAGGAAGAGGAAAAUGAAGUUGGGGACACUGACAGUUUGAUGGAGUGGUGGUACACGGUAGAAAAAUGGGACGAACUGCCAUCUGAUGAAGAGGAUGCAGCCCUCAAAGAGGAUGAGUCAAAGUCAUUCACCGUCUUGGCAGACAAGGUUGAACAUGGCCUCCGUCUGUUCAACAAGGUGUUCACGGAGCAAGCAGAGAGCCUGUGGGAGCACGUCAUCCUGCUCCACGCCCUCGCCGACGACAUCAGCGAGUUCCAUCACAAAGCUAAGAUCGCUGGCAUCAGCGGCGGCACCACCACUGCAGUGGGCACCGUGACAGCCAUCACGGGCUUGGCUCUGGCUCCCUUCACCUUUGGAGCCUCUCUGGUAGUUGCAGCUGUAGGCGUGGGGGUAGCAACAGCUGGUGGAAUCACGUCUGCGUCUGCAGCCAUCUCUGAUAACGUCCACGACAAGAACGAGCGCAAAAAGAUCGAGGCACUACUGCAGGAGUAUGAGGAGCGACUGCUGGAACUCUCAAAGAUCCUCCACUUCGUCAAUCAAGGCUUGUACAGACUGCGCGGCCACCCGUUCCUCAGAUCUGGGACCCAGCAUUAUUCACAGGACUGGGAAGUUCGCAAGGCAGUCCAGAUGAUCAGCAUGGUGGAUUCACCUGUGAUGCGAGCAACAGAGAUAGCUGAUAAUGCCGUGGGCUCCCUGCAAGGACUCUUCAAAGGUAUGGACAAGUAUUUUGUCAAGGAAACCAGGGAGCUGAAGAAAAGCUGCAGGAAGGAGAUUGUGGGGGAAAUAAGACAAGUGGCAAGUGUACUGAAUGACGCAAUCGUGGAGCUGAACACCAUCAGAGAGGAGCUUCAAGAUGCUACUGGACACGUGUGAGCAACCCCUGAUCCCUCUGAGCAAAGAUCACCGCUGACAUCUGCUGGCUGAAAUGGAGAACUACAGUUUAGCUGCAGACAUCUGGAUUCUUGGAUUGAAACGCAGCAGCUGGAGUUCUCUUCCACAUUGCAUGACUCUUGAACACUAUUCCAUAUCUGUUAAAUUAUUAUUACUUUUUUUUAGGGAUUGUGACAGAGAAGUGAUAACUUUAUUAUUUUGGCCCGUUUUCAAGGCUACUGUUUUUUGUAUUUCGUAACACUUUAAACACUGGAGGGUGAGGUUCUCUGUACAUGCACCAGUUUGUUCAAGUUUUUAUAUAUAUAUAUAUAUAUAUAUAUAUAUAUAUAUAUAUAUAUAUAUAUAUAUAUAUAUAUAUAUAUAUAUAUAUAUAUAUAUAUAU